GUGGAAGCUCUCAGGAGUCCUUCAGUCAACCUACCAGCACUAGCUGCGAGGGUGGAAGCAGCUCAUUUCCCUGACUCUACCGCAACACGCGAUGUGGUACACGAGACUACUACUGACACCACAGAGUCUGCAGCCAACACUACUGCUGGUGAUGAUGAUAAGGUCAAGUCUGAGCCAUCUUCUCAACUGAACCCUGCUAAUACCACAGGCACAGUUGCGAUGGUGCAGGCUGAAAUCAAGCGUCUGCACAGAAGAUUCAACUCCCUGAAGGAGCUGACAAUCCGGGGCCUGGAGAAGUCUAAAGUUGCUGUUAUGACAGUAGUCUACUAUCUCACAACCAUUCUGACAGUACGGGAACACAAAGGAUUUCUUGAGGAAAAACAGAAGUCACUCAGUGAAAGCAGCAAUCACUGGGAGCUGUUUGGGAAGCUGAAUCUGUACUGGACCUACCUCUCCUACGGCCUUUUGGAGCAUCUGGUCGACGAGCUUGCAUUGAAGCAUAACUGGUUCCAGACGGCUGCUGGUGAGAUGACCGCCUACAAGAAGGAUCUGGAAGAGUUUAGAAAGCGUACAACAUUGGUUCUGUUCUGUGAGGCUGACCCUCGAGUGCUCGAUGAAGAUCCUCCACCUGGCUUCAGGAAGAUGGUAGUCAAGUUUGACUGGCCCCAAACUGCAACACUGGAAGAUGUGGAGAAGUUCAGGAGACGAUAUGCCAUCAGCUACGACCUUCAGACAUGUGCCAUGAUGUUAAACAGCAUUGGGACUGGAUCUUUCACUGUCACUUGGUUCGUACCCGUCUCAGUGGUGGAGAUGUUGAGGAAGAAGAGAGCAUUAGCUGUCUUCAAGGAGUUCAGUGUCACUAGACUUGAGAUCCACACCUCAACACAGAUUUGUGUCUACCAAAUCCUUCCUCAGAGACCAGUGGCUCCAUCCUCAACCAGUGACAGCUUGGCAAUUGUUAAGUCUAAUGCUGCCAACAAAAGCAAGGAGUCAGGCCAGGUGUCGUCAGUGGAUGAGGACUAUCCAUUUGUUGAGGAGCCAUCAGAUGACUUCUUCUGUCCAGUAAUGAUGGGUCUUAUGCUCCAACCUCACCUCACAUCAUGCUGUGGUAAUCAUAUCUCAGAGGAAGCUGCCAGCAGAAUACAGAGAGAGGGAGGGCCAUGUCCACUGUGCAAGAAGACG